AUGGCUGCUUCAUCACCGUCUCUGUCUCUGUGUCCGUCACCCGUUGCGGCGGCGACAACAAUAACCGAUCUCAGCGAGGACUCAAUAGGCCAAUGCGCAACAAGUCUAACCCUCCGCGAUGUGUGCAAUUUAGCAAUGAGCUCCACCGCCCUCAAACGCCUCGCAUAUACCGAUUCAGUUUGGCAACACUUGUUCAAGGAUCGUUGGCAUCGAGAAUUACCUUCCGGUAAUGGAACUUCAGCAAGGGAUCUGUACAUUUCUAGACACACUGCUUUGCAGCAGUUCAAAUUCACUGAUCCUUUUUCAACAGACUGUCAUACAUAUUCUAAUAGAAAUUUCGAUCAUUUGCUUCUUCAUCAAAACAAUAUUAUCUUUGCACAGGGCUCAUUUACAGGAGUGAUAGGUUUCAAUGAUAAUCAAAUGGGAGUAUUAAAGCAUACCGUGAAUGAUAAUCAUAAAGCAAGAGUUACUUGUAUGAGGUUGUUUUCCCUGGGGGAACAAAAUGUUGUGGCCACCUCAAGUUGUGAUCACUCCAUUCGUCUGUGGUGGAAGGAUUCUUGUCUGCGAUGUUUGAGAGGUCACAAUGGUCCAGUGUUGUCACUAUCAAAUAAAUUAUUGGGAGACGGUAGCAGCAAGGUGUUGGCAAGUGGAGGAGAAGACGGUACUGUUCGACUAUGGUCCAUUAACUCAAGUGGAAAAAGAGGGCAGCAUGCUUUGAAGGCUACACUCUAUGGACAUGAAAAAGCUGUAUGUUUGAUGUCAGUUUCCGGGCACAAAUCUUCGCUUUUGGUGUCCAUCUCAAGAGAUUCUAAGGUGAGAGUUUGGGAUACAACUAGAUCAUCAUCGGUUCGCUCCUCAUGUUGUGUGGGAAUGACUUCUGUUCAUGGCGCACCGGUAAACAUGAAAUGCCAUGAAUCGUUGUUGUAUGUGGCAGCUGGUCCCUCUGUCACUGCAAUUGAUUUAAGGACAAUGCAGAGAGUUCUCACAGCAGCCGUCCAUCAACCAAAGUUAUAUUCAUUUGACAUCGCCCCUUCAAAAUCUGUAAUAUGCACAGGCGGUGAUGGCAGAGCACUGCUUUGGGAUAUCAGGAGAAAUCAAAAUUGCUUAAAGCCAGAACCGAUAGCCGAGUUAGAUGGACAUUCUGGGCCAGUAACUAAGUUGCUUAUGGAUUCAUACAAAAUAGUUACAGGUGGUUCUGAUGAUAAUUGUGUGAAGGUAUGGGAAGUUGGGACUGGUGAACAAACAAAUUCAUUUAUUGGCUGUUUAUGUGAUGAUGAGAAUCGUAGAUGUGGCUGUGAAGCAAUGGCUAUAGAUGGGUGUAGAAUUGCCACUGCUACGUAUUGUAAAGAUUAUAAUUUUGGUGGUGUUGGUGUUGUUGUAACCUUUAGGGACUUCAACAGUGCUACAAGUCCUAUUACCAAAUUAGAAACAUCUAAAUUUUGGGAUUCUUAG